GGACUUCUCGUCCAAUAGAAGUCGUGGGCGUGUCCCGCUCUAUCUGGACUGUGGUGGAGGAGGGAUGGGAGACUCCUGAUGUUCCCCCCUGCACAGGGAGCCAUGGGGGCCCGCCUGACCCUCCGCCUCAUACUGCUCCUCUCACUCCCCCUGCUGGCCAAUGGUCUCCGCUUCCAGGAAUAUCUGUACUUCCAGGUGCUGAGUCCCGGGGACAUCCGGUACAUAUUCACCGCCACCCCGGCCAAGGACUUCGGAGGAGUGUUUAGCCAGCGGUAUGACCAGAUCCACUUGGUCCCAGCGGAUCCUCCGGAGGCGUGCGGAGAGCUCCAUAACGGGGUGUUCAUCCAAGGACAGAUCGCUCUGGUGGAGAGGGGCAGCUGCUCUUUCCUGUCCAAGACGCGGGUGAUUCAGGAAAAUGGCGGCAUAGCGGUGAUCAUCGCCGACAACGCAUCAGACAAUGACAGCAUCUAUGUGGAGAUGGUCCAGGAUAACACGGGAAGAACGGCGGAUAUCCCGGCCCUGUUCUUACUCGGCAGAGAUGGGUAUAUGAUUCAGCGCUCCUUAGAGCAGCACGGACUCCCCUGGGCCAUCAUUUCCAUCCCCGUCAAUGUCAGCAGUAUCCCCACCUUCGAGUUCAAGCAGCCCCCAUGGACCUUCUGGUAG